CAUUUUGCUGCUCCCGCAUUGACAUCAGUCUAUCUCAAGCUGUGGCCGCCGCUUCUUUGGAAUCACCAGUCGGUGCUCUAGGGUUUCCGGCGAUUUUUGUGCGAACUGAUACAUUUGCGACUCGGAGUUCAUUGGUUACCAUCUCGUUCUUUGUUGGUUUUUGUGAAGAUACCAAUGAAUGAGGUCGGGGUUGCAGCAUGUAGAUGUUCUAUCAGGCAUCUAUAUGAUGUGAUUACUGCUUUUGACGAUGUGAAAAGGACUUUAGUUGAAGCAAUUGGUUUUGGGGGGCUGCUUGAAUUCCCAGCUGUGAGGCAGAUAAACAGGCAGUUUUCUGUAUGGCUAAUGAGCAAGGUGAAUCAUAGCUCUCAUGAGGUAGUGCUAGACCCUGAUAGAUUUAUUAGGUUUUAGUAAGGAUGAUGUAGCUGUGGUAUUUGGCAUCCCCUGCACGGGUAAUAAAGUUCUUGAGAAUGGUGUUCCAUCGAUAGAAACUGUGCAGUUCAUUGCUUCGGAGUUUUUAGGAUUUGCGGCGAGGGAUUGCCGAAGUAUUAGGAUGGUGAAGGAGGUCAUUGUGAAAGACUAUGGAGGGGUGAUGUCAGCUCGGGAACAGGAUGCUUUUAAGGCUGCAUUUGUUGUUUAUGUUAUGUCCACUCUGUUAGUGCCGGGUGCUAAACACGACUACGCUGGUGUUAAUUACUGGAAUGCCAUAGUCGAUCCUUCGAAGAUAAGCUGCUAUGACUGGGGUGACUAUGUGGUUCAUAGAUUGAUGGAUGCUGUUGUCAAGGUAAAAGCUGAUAUUAGGAAAGGGAUCAAGGCGUGCAAUAUCACCGGCUGUUGUCUUUUCCUGCAUGUUCUAUACUUGGAUAGUAUGGAUCUUGGUGUGUGGAAUAUGGAGCCAAAAUUUUUCCCUCGGAUUAGGUGUUUUUCGGCGGACCGUAUUCGGUCAAUGAUUCUAGCCGACACACUUUUUCCUGGCGAUUCGUAUCGGUUGCCUGAGUUUGGGAAGUCUCAGUUACGGAAGGCCGAUGGUGUCCCUUAUGUUUGGGCUAGGAUGCGGAGUGAGCAAUUUAAGCUUGCAAGUGCCUGGGAGGCGGCUAUUUGUGUGUCACGGACUCUUCUGGUGCCUAUGGAGGCGACUGGGCCAAUUUUCUUCGCCAUAGCUGUUUUUCCUCACUUAUAUAUGUUUCUUCGCAGCUAUUGAAGGUUAUUCCUUCAGUAGGGGAGAAGAUUGGACGGCCACUCUUGCUCCCCGCGGUCCGCAAUGCCCUUGACAGUGCACUUUCUUCCCAAGGAGCCAUUCUGGCAUCUGGCCCGCAGAUAGCUUUGUUACUGCAUUUCAAUAAUAAGAAUGGUCGUUCCAGGCUAUAUGGGGGUUAGAUAAAAAUAUAUUUUUACUGUUGUACUCUCCGGGGGGGUGGGGGGUGGUGGUGCCGAGUCGGCAGGGCGGGUGCUGUCGAAGCUGAGAUCUCAUUUAUCAGAUUAAUUUACCUUAGUCUGGAAGAGAUUGAUGUAGGGGGAUAUGAGAUUCGCGGUACACCAUCGUUACAACUUGUAUUUUCAACCAGUCGUGUACGCAGCAUCGUUCCUGUAAUACAAUUUCAUAUUGAGAUUAGUUAUCUUGCCCGGUACACUUUCUGUCA